GGCGCGUCAGCGCGGAUUUUGCUGGUUGCCGGGAGAACCCACGACAACAAAAGGCGCGGGCUGCGGCAGUAGCUGCGGCGCGGCGGUGCGAAGUGAAGGCGAAGAGUACUGCGCUGCGCUAGCCGCGGGAGACUGGGGUUUCUCGAACCGGGGUCCAGAUCUUACGUAAAAUGGAUGUUUCUCACACUAGAUACUGCAUAUUAAGUAGAAAAUCUAUUUAGUAAAAUCUAAGCUGCCAUGGAAGAAAUACCAGUAAAAGUUGCUGUAAGAAUUAGACCUCUGCUGUGCAAAGAAGUUCUUCAUAAUCAUCAAGCUUGUGUGAGAGUUAUUCCAAACACCCAACAAGUUAUCAUUGGGAAAGAUAGAGUCUUUACUUUUGAUUUUGUUUUUGGCAAAAAUUCCACUCAAGAUGAAGUUUAUAAUACCUGUAUAAAGCCACUAGUGUUGUCACUCAUUGAGGGCUAUAACGCAACCAUUUUUGCCUAUGGACAGACUGGAUCUGGGAAGACAUACACCAUUGGAGGAGGCCAUGUUGCUUCAGUUGUGGAGGGUCAAAAAGGUAUCAUUCCUCGUGCUAUCCAAGAAAUAUUUCAAAACAUCUCUGAAAAUCUUAGCAUUGACUCUAAGAUAAAAGUGUCUUAUAUAGAAGUAUACAAGGAAGACCUAAGAGAUCUUCUAGAAUUGGAGACAUCUAUGAAGGAUCUUCACAUCAGAGAAGAUGAAAAGGGAAACACAGUGAUUGUUGGGGCCAAGGAAUGCCAGGUGGAAAGUGCAGAUGAAGUGAUGAGUCUCCUGGAGAUGGGGAAUGCAGCCAGGCAUACGGGUACCACCCAAAUGAACGAGCACUCCAGUAGGUCACACGCGAUUUUCACAAUCAGCCUUCGUCAAGUGGCGAAAAAUAAAGAGACAGCUGAAGAUGGAUCGUGGUAUUCCCAUCAGCAUAUUGUCUCAAAGUUCCACUUUGUGGAUUUGGCUGGAUCAGAAAGAGUAACCAAAACAGGGAAUACUGGUGAACGGUUCAAAGAAUCCAUUCAAAUCAACAGUGGCUUGCUGGCUUUAGGAAACGUAAUAAGCGCUCUUGGGGACCCACGCAGGAAGAGUUCACAUAUUCCAUACAGGGAUGCUAAAAUUACCCGGCUUCUGAAAGAUUCCCUGGGAGGCAGUGCCAAGACUGUCAUGAUCACCUGUGUCAGCCCAUCCUCCUCGGAUUUUGACGAGUCCUUAAAUUCUCUCAAAUAUGCCAACAGAGCACACAACAUUAGAAACAAACCCACCUUAAACUUCAGCCCAGAGUCAGACCGUAUGGGCGAAAUGGAAUUUGAGAUUAAGUUGCUUCGAGAAGCUUUGCAAAGCCAGCAGGCUAGUAGCAGCCAAACUAGCCAGAUCCAUCGGGAGGGGACUCCUGAUAAAAAUAGGAUCCAUUCUCUUGAGGAGCAAGUUGCUCAGCUACAGGGAGAAUGUUUGGGUUACCAAAAUUGUUUAGAGGAAGCCUUUACCUUCCUGGUGGACUUAAAAGAUUCUGUCAGACUAAACCAAAAUCAGCAACACAAACUGCAGGAGUGGUUUAACGUGACCCAGGAGGUCACCUCAUUCAGAGGACACCAAGGCAUUGGAAACCUGGAAGAAGGACCACAGCAUAUUACAGUUCUCCAGCUGAAGCGAGAGCUUAAGAAAUGCCAGUGUGCUCUUGCUGCUGAUGAAGUAGUAUUUAAUCAGAAGGACCUGGAAGUGAAGGAACUAAAGAAUCAAAUGCAAAUGAUGAUGCAGGAAAACAAAGGACAUGUUAUAUCUUUGAAAGAAGCGCAGAAAGUGAAUAGGUUGCAGAAUGAAAAAAUAAUAGAACAACAACUUCUUGUGGAUCAACUGAGUGAAGAACUAACAAAACUUAACCCGUCAGUGACUUCGUCAGUUAAGGAAACUUGUGGAGAUGGGCCAGAUGCCAGGAUACCUGAAAAGAGACCAUAUACUGUACCAUUUGAUACCCGUUUGGGGCAUUAUAUUUAUAUUCCAGCAAGAUCAGAUUCCAGGAAGGUCUACACAAGUCCUUCUGUAUACUCUCUGGAUCGACUAGUUGCCGGAUUUCGAACACGAAGUCAGAUGCUGCUGGGUCACUUAGAAGAGCAGGAUGAAGUCCUCCACUGCCAGUUUUCUGAUAACAGUGAUGAUGAAGAGUCAGAAGGCCAAGAGAAAUCUGAAAUUAGACAUAAAGGUUGCUCGUGGAUUCAAAAGCCAGGCUCUGUUUGUUCUCUUGUUGAAUUGAAUGAUAUUCAGGAUCAAACACAAAAGUCAAGAUUGGAGAAUGAAGAUUUAAAGAUUGAAUGUCUCCAGGAGAGUCAAGAGUUGAAUUUGCAAAAAUUAAGGAAUUCAGAACUCAUACUUACUGAAGCCAAACAAAAAAUGAGGGAACUUACUAUCAACAUCAAGAUGAAGGAAGAUCUGAUUAAAGAAUUAAUUAAAACAGGUAAUGAUGUCAAGUCCGUAAGCAAACAGUAUUCUCUGAAAGUAACAAAACUUGAACAUGAAGCAGAACAGGCGAAAGUGGAAUUAACUGAAACGCAAAAACAGCUAGAGGAACUGGAAAACAAAGAUCUUUCUGAUGUUGCUUUGAAGGUAAAAUUACAGAAGGAAUUUCGUAAGAAGAUGGAUGCUGCGAAGCUAAGAGUCCAGGUCUUACAGAAGAAGCAACAAAAUAGUAAGAAAUUGGCAUCACUGUCGAUCCAAAAUGAGAAACGUGCUAAUGAACUAGAGCAGAAUGUAGAUCACAUGAAACAUCAAAAGGUACAGCUGCAAAAAAGACUUCAAGAAGAAAAUGAGAAAAGGAAGCAACUGGAUGCAGAAAUUAAGCGGGAUCAACAAAAAAUCAAAGAACUACAGUUAAAAACAGAACAGGAAGAAGGUCUAAAACUGAAAGCUGAGGACCUUGAUGCAUUUAAGAUGAAAAGGAGAAAAGGUUCAUUUGGAAGUAUAGACCAACUCCAGAAAUUGGAUGAGCAAAAGAAAUGGUUAGAUGAAGAAGUAGAGAAAGUUCUGAACCAACGCCAAGAAUUAGAGGAGCUGGAAGAAGACUUAAAGAAACGGGAGGCCAUAGUUUGUAAGAAGGAGGCCCUGUUACAGGAGAAGAGCCAUCUGGAAAAUAAGAAGUUACGAUCUAGUCAGGCUUUAAACACAGAUAUUUUGAAAAUAUCAACUCGCCUCAUCUUGUUGGACCAAGAGUUGUCUGAAAAGAAUGUGCAGCUCCAGAGCAGCACAGCUGAGGAGAAAAUAAAGAUUUCAGAACAAGUUCAAGCCCUCCAGAAAGAAAAGGAUCAGCUACAGAGACGAAGAAACAGCGUGGAUGAGAAACUUAAAAAUGGUAGUGUGUUAUCACCUGAAGAAGAACAUGUUCUUUUCCAACUUGAAGAAGGGAUUGAAGCUUUGGAAGCUGCAAUUGAAUACAAGAACGAACGUAUCCAGAGUCGCCAGAACUCGCUCAGAGCUUCAUUUCAAAAUCUCUCUCAUAGUGAAGCAAAUGUCUUAGAAAAACUAAUCUGCCUGAGUCCUGUUGAGAUUAGAGCUAUUCUUUUCAGAUAUUUCAAUAAGGUGGUUAAUUUGCGAGAAGCUGAACGGAAACUACAGUUACAGAAUGAAGAAAUUAAAAUGAAAGUUCUGGAACGGGAUAAUGUGGUUCGUGAGUUGGAAUCUACACUGGAACAUCUGAAAUUGCAGUGUGACCGGAGACUGACCCUUCAGCAAAAGGAACAUGAGCAAAAAAUGCAGCUUCUGUUACAUCAUUUCAAAGAGCAAGACGGGGAAGGCAUUGUGGAAACUUUAAAAAAUUAUGGAGAUAAAAUCCAGCAGCUGGAAAGAGAGCUUUAUUUCUAUAAGAAAACCAGCAGAGAUCUUAAGAAGAAACUUAAGGAAUUGGUAGGGGAAGCAAUUCGACGACAACUAGUACCAUCAGAAAAUCAUGAUGCUGGAAAUGGAGUACAGAACCCAGAAGAAGCAGGCAUGGUUUCAGAAGAAUUCAAAUGGGCAUCCAGAACUGAAAGUAUAAAAUUAAGUGGAAGGGAAAGACAAUUAGACAGUUCCACAAGCAGUUUAAGAACACAACCAAAUCCUCAGCUCUGGGAAGGCCCAGAAUUACCACCAAUUUAUAGCUCUUUAGCACCCACUAGUGGGCAUUUGUUAAGCAAUGAGGACAAAAUGGAAAGGAAUGACAAUCAGUUUACAAACUCUCACAGUCGACCAACACCCCAAAUUCAGCCAGUAGGAAAUGUGGCACAGUUGCAUAGUGUCACGCCUGUAAAGUUGUGUCGCAAAGAGUUACAUCAGAUUUCUGCCUUGGAACUGUCGUUACGAAGUUCCAGUCUUGGACUUGGGAUUGGAUCUAUGACUGCUGAUUCCAUUGAAGUAGCUAGGAAAACGAGUGACUUAAAAACUUAGGCAUUUAAUAAGAAAAAUUUUAAUUUAGUAGGAAUGUCCACAAUGAAUCAACAGAAUUGUCACUAUUGUAAUUUAACUGAACCCAAAUAUAUUGACUUAGAUUUAGGUAUUAGGUUCUCCUGGUAAAUUAUUACACAAAACUCUACUGAGUUAUCUCUGCAGUACUCAAAGAGAAAAACAGAACAAUCUCACAGACUUUGUUAUAAUGAGCAAGAUCCUUAUAUGCCCAAGGAACAGAACCAUUCACAACAGAAGAGUAGAAAACUGAACAUCUAAAAACUUGUAUACUUACGAUUUUUGGAAAUUUAAAACUCCAUUUAUUAGUAAAUACUUGUGUAAUUAAAGUAGAACAAAAGAAAUGCAUCUUGAAACAAUAUUUGCAUACUGUAUUGUGUUUUCAAGCUUAUUACAGUAUAUACAAAGCAAGGUAUGAUUUUUCAAGUCCAAAGUGGUAAAUAUUGUUAGAAUUUAUUUGAUUUGAGGGGUCUCUUAAAAGAACCACUUCUUGAACCCUGCCCCAAGUAACAACAACAAAUUAUAGGCAGAUGAUAGCUUACUUACCCCUCACUCCCCACAGUGUUCCAGGAUUCAAAUAGCUCUGAUAAAAACAGAAGAAAAAGAGGUUUAUUUUAAAGCAUUCCAUAGGCCAGCAAGGAAUUUUCAAAAAUGUUUUGAGAGAAUAUAUUUUAUUUCUCUUGAAAUAACAUAAAUUUAACUUCGCUCUUUGGCUAUCUCUAUACCCUAAAGAAUACUCCCAGUUAGUAUUGAAUUUGCCAUUUGAAAAUAUACAUCCCAGUUUUUAAUACUGAUCUCUCUUCCUAUGAUUACUAUUAAUUCAGGAUUGUAUGAAAAAAAGCCACCCUAGACAGAAUUUGAAUGGAAAUUGUGGAGCCAUUCAAUAGAGAGUUACAAGAAACAUUAGUUUUAAAUAAAUUUCAUCAGUUGUAACAUAAACUGAAGAAUUUAAGUGAAGGACUUAAGUGAUUUUACCGGUGAAGAACCGUGGAGAGUAUGCAAAAACAAACACUGUAGGCAGAAUUGACAGGAUUUAUCUUUAUAAAACAAUACUUAACCAUUUCGUUUAAUUUUUCUCUCUGCUAAAAUAUCCCUGAAUUUGUCUCCUGAAAAAUCUUUGGCUAAAAGACUUCCAUUCAUAAUUACAAACCAGCAGCUCUUAGACUGCCUUGAGAGGCUGAACUGAUGUUAUUCAUUUUUGUUUGUGGCCUGCGUUGGUAUUUCAUUGUUCGCCAUGAAAACGAGUAAGGAGUUAAUCUGAAUUGAACUGAUUUAUAAUUUUGAUAAUUUAUAAGUAUUAUCAAAGUUUUGUUGUUACUUUCUAGCAUGAUUAUUUUUUCCUAGAUCGGGAAAAGGGCAAGGUAUUUGUAUACUGAGGUGCCGGUCUUCUUUUGAAAUUCUACCCAUCACCUGGGGGUUGGGCCACAUUUAAAUUGUUCCAUUGGAGCCUGGAAGUAAGCCUGUCUGUUUCACUGGACAUUUUCCCUAGGUGUCACUAGCUGUAAGACAACCAGAACAUGAUCAGAAUGACCCAGGUUAUAAUCUUAUUAAUGGAGUACCUUAAAUAAUUAUAUUUUCUAAAACACCAAACAGCCAUUUUUUUAAAAAAAAACAAUUUAUGAAUCACUCCCUUGCAUUUAAAAUCA